UGGGGAAACACCCACUCCCCAGUCGGCCACGUGACAAAGAUGGGUAUGACCCGGAUGGGAUUUCUUCUUCCUCCGCCCUUUGGGUGCCCACCCCCCCCCCCCCCAGCGCGGGCAGGCAUGUCCACCCUCUUCCCUUCCCUCCUCCCCAGAGUCACGGAGGCGCUCUGGUUCAACCUGGACCGGCCCUGCGUGGACGAGAACGAGCUUCAGCAGCAGGAGCAGCAGCACCAGGCCUGGCUGCUGAGCAUCGCAGAGAAGGAUAACAAUUUGGUCCCAAUCGGGAAGCCUGCCUCCGAGGUAACGCCAGUGCCAUCCUUUGACAUUCUGGGAUGGGUGUGUGUGUGUGUCUUUGUUCUUUCUUGCAUGGUGUAGAUGAGUCUCUGCAUCCAGAAGGGAAAGACGUUGGCAGUUUUGGAGGUUGCAUUUGCCCAAGGGGAGCAAUGGGGAGUUAUUGGGGUUUACAAAGACCAGGAACUUAUUAUGAGGGGUGGAGGCAGAGUGCGUGCAGAGGUCAUGUUGUAUUGUCGUAGGCUUUCAUGGCUGGAAUCACUUGGGUGCUGUGUGGUUUCCGGGCUGUAUGGCCGUGUUCUAGCAGCAUUCUCUCCUGACGUUUCACCUGCAUCUGUGGCUGGCUUCUUCAGAGGAUCUGAUGUUGGGAAAGCAAGUGGAGUAUAUAUAUCUGUUGGAGUGUCCAGGGUGGGUGAAGAAACAUUGUCUGUGAGUAACUGUGCAUGAAGGCAACCAAGGGUCAAUAGUUGAGGGUAAUCUGGAAUAGAAGUAUGAGUAACAAUGAAGUCUAUAAGUAAUGGGAGAGUAACCAUGGAGAUAGCAAGUAAGCCACUGGUGGGAGCAUCUGAAUAGAAGUAUCCUGGCCUUUGUUUCCUUGUGGUCUAUAGUCAUCCUGUGCUUGUGUGUGGAGCUGGUUGGACACCGUCUCGACUCUAGUAUUUUUCAACACUGGCAGCCAAG